AGUCAGAGCACGUAUUCUUCGUCAUUCCCCUAUCUAUCCUCCCUUUCCCAAGAUUGUAAGAAUACCAAGAUUGGAUCAUUUUGUUGAUGAUUGUUGUUUCUUAGAAGAGAAAUGAGCAAUUAUGCAGCCAGACUCGGCCAGCCUGCCUCAGGUAAAAGGAGAAUAAAAGAUCUUUUGAAACAACCUGAUAACCGAGUCUGCGCUGAUUGUUCCGCUCCUGAUCCCAAAUGGGCAUCAGCAAAUAUUGGAGUCUUCAUUUGCUUAAAAUGUUGCGGUGUGCACAGAAGCCUCGGCACUCAUAUCUCAAAGGUCUUGUCUGUGACACUUGAUGAAUGGUCUGAUGAGGAAGUCGACUCCAUGAUUGAAAUUGGAGGAAAUGCUUCUGCCAAUUCUAUUUACGAAGCUUUUGUACCUGAAGGAAGCUCUAAGCCUGGUCCUGAUGUUAGUCAUGACCAGCGUAUGAGAUUCAUUAGGUCCAAAUAUGAACUCCAAGAGUUUCUGAAACCAAGCUUGCGGAUUACAUCAGGGAAGUGCUCCUCGACAAAGAAACCAUCAUUUCUUAAAUCAACUCUUUCUACAAAAUUCAUGGAUAGUUUUCGCGCAAAUUCGUCAUCAAAGAAGAUAUUUGAGGAAGGAAUGGUAGAGUUUAUUGGAUUGUUGAAGGUGACUGUUAAGAAAGGUACUAACUUAGCAAUCAGAGACAUGAUGUCAAGUGAUCCUUAUGUUGUCUUGAAUCUUGGGAAGCAAAAACUUCAAACAACAGUUGUGAAUAGUAACUUGAACCCAAUAUGGAACCAAGAGCUCAUGCUAUCUGUUCCUGAGAGCUAUGGUCCAGUGAAACUGCAAGUGUAUGAUUAUGACACAUUCUCUGCUGAUGACAUAAUGGGAGAAGCUGAACUUGAUAUCCAACCUCUUAUCACAUCUGCAAUGGCUUUUGGGGAUCCUGAGAUGUUUGGGGAUAUGCAGAUUGGAAAAUGGCUGAAAUCGCAUGAUAAUCCGCUUAUAGAUGACAGCAUCAUUAACAUUGUUGAUGGGAAAGUGAAGCAAGAGGUUCAGAUCAAGCUUCAGAAUGUAGAGUGUGGAGAAUUAGAGCUGGAAAUGGAAUGGUUGCCACUUGAACAAUAAUAUGCAAUAGGUCCCAUUGUGUAUUAAAUUAUAAUUUGCACACGCUUUUGUUGGAACACUUUUAGAUCUUCCCACAGGAGACUCUUGUUUGUAAUAUUUUUUUUUUCCGAUGGUUAUAUUUUACAGAGUACAGUACACAUUGUGUUAUAUUGUCUUUGAUGGAUGAAAAUUAAAGAAAGCCUUCACCCUUUUGGCCUAGUUUCGUACUUUUAUGUUUGGUUACCAAAUGGACACAGGAGAACAUCUGGUAUUUACUAGGCUCAAAUUUUCCAUUACAACAACUCUUUUCAUUACCAGAGAGCUUAAUCUACAAGAAUCAUCUUCCUCUUAAGCAACUCGAGCAUUAUAGAGAUCUAGGUCUGUAAGAACCACUUGAGACUAAAUUUGAGAAAGUACACUAUCAAACCAUCUGUUGCUAACAAAGGCACAAUGGGUUCAAGUCUAAUUUCAAAAGCACAUGAAUGUAAGCAAAAGACUAUAACAAAGAGAAUGAAUUUCCAAAUGUAAGAACCACUAUUAACCAGCUAACAAAGGCAUAAUGAGACUUGAGCUAGUUCCGAAGAAAAGACAUGACCAAAGAGGAUGAAGCUUUUUAAUGGCCAGUGGAACAGAUUUAGAUUUUGCUAUAAACCUUCUUUUCACCUCCAAACCGUGGGCACAGAUAAACAAUAAGAAGCAAUUGAGACGAGUUAUGCAACUACACUGUCAACCACCUGUUUUAGAAACUACACUAUCAACCACCCCGUUGAGAAACAACAUUAUCAACCAUCUGUUUUAGAAACCACACUUUUAACCAUCUGUUUGAGAAAUUAACACUAUAAGACCACCUGUUGUGAUAAAGGCAUUGGACUUUAAGCUAAAAGACAGUAACAAAGAGAUGAGAUUGUAGUUCCACGAGCAUAUUCAAGCAGAGCGAGAAAGUCAUAAACCACUUUCAUUCGUCAGCCUCAUUCAGGCUUAAGAUUUCAGAAGUAUAAGCCAAGCAAACAGGAGAUCAGCAAAGGGCACAACAUUAAAUAGCAACGACUCUUGUCACCUGAUAAUUCUCAAUCGAACCAUACUGGACUAGCUAGCAAACGGCACAACUUUUAUACACGUAGAAAGCACAAUAGGGAAACAUAAAGAGCAACGACUAUAUUAUAAUAUAUUUCACAAUAGAGAAAUCUGAUUUGGUUCAUAACGGAAGAGAAAAACAAGGACGCAAAGCGAGUUCAUCAAUUAUUCAUAAGGGGCUUUAUAAGACCCC